CCAUUGUUGAUGCUGGAGGGACAGCAUUGCUGUCUUAUCCAAUACGAGCCAACUCCAGGGUCCUACUGUGUAUGACAUGUUCUCACCCUGCAGGACGGAGGCAUAUUAAAGCGACCUCAUCUGCGGCUUCUCUUUUUGAUCCUCAUCUCAAUACAGGCUCGAUAUCACCAUACUACAUCUACAAACAAUCAAGAGUGAUUAUCAAAGCGAUCACUCUCUCAGUUACUCAGUUGCCUUUAUUAUAAUCCCCGCUUCGCUCCAUCUACACCUACGAUCCCAACCGCCAACAACCAACAUUCAGAACCAAUCCACUAUCCUCCAUCCUCCAUCCAUUCAUCCAUUCAUCCAUUCAUCCAUCCAUCCAUCCAUCCACUCUCCCUACCGGUAUACCACCUUUUGCCUCCACCACACCCCAAGGGAAAAGAGAAGAAGAAAAUGUCCUCCGUUGACUGGUCAAUCCCCUUCCUCAAGUCCCGCCACACCGACGACCAAAACCCCGACGCCCACGCCAACACCGACAGCCCCGUCCCCGACGCAAGCGGACUACGCAGCGCCCCCAGCACUUCUACUUCCACUUCUACUGCUGUUCCUGAAGACCCCAGCACCCGCAUCCUAGGCGAGACGGCGAAGCCUCCCGUUGUGCGACAUUAUAGUUGGAGCGAGGAGGACCGCAAGCAUGAGCUCCAGGCGAGGUUGUUGGAUAUGGAGGAGGCGAGGAGAAUGGGGUUCUCGGAGAGGGAGGGAGGGAGAGGGGAGGGAGAGGGGGAGGGGGACUUUGCGGUGGAAUAGAUGUGGGUGUUUGUGGGUUUUGUGAUGUGUGAUGUGGUGCUUGCCGUGGUGGUGAUUAGGUAGGUAUAUUGGGUGGGAUGGGAUGGGACGGACGGACGAGGUUGUACUUGUGGUGAGCUGGACUGGACUGGACUGGGCUGGGAUAGGGUUAUUGGGGGGGGGUUUCUUUUUACUUGAUGAUUGAUGAUGAUGACGAUGAUGCUGCUUUUGAUGAUGACGAUGCUGACGAUGGAUGGGUAUGGAUUAUGCGAUGCGGCUGUCUAGUAGUAAUUUGUUUGUUUUCCUGGGAUUAGGAUUGCGUGGAGGGAUAGGAGGAUGGUGGCGAUGGGAGAUUUAAAUAUUGCAGUUAGUGAUUGGGGGAUUUGUGAUAUAGUUGGUUGGUGGGGAUGGGAUGGGAGAUUGUAAUACGAUGCGAUGCGCAUAAUGGAUUGCUUCUGAUGAUGCGGUUCUGAGAAUGGGGUUC